AUGGUUAACCAAGCCUGGAGAUUCAUUGUUGCGAUUGUGUUUCUAACACUCUUGGAAGUAUUGCAAGGUGAAGUCUCGCUUUGGCAGAGGUGGUGGACGUACCGCGGAAUAUCGGGUCCUAACUACUGGGGACUGCUAAAUCCCAACUGGAAACUCUGUUCUGAUGGGAAACGCCAAUCUCCGAUAAAUAUAGAUCUGCAAAUGUUGCUGUUUGACCCUACGCUUUCCCUGGUUCAUAUAGGAGGUGGAAAGGUCAAUGGCGUCCUGAUGAACAACGGCAAUGAAGUAACGCUGGAGAUCAAUGACUCCGCUGUCCAGAACCUCAUCAUCACCUCGGGGCCUCUCUCUUACAAAUACUGCGUCAAGCAUAUCAAAUUCCACUUCGGCAGCAAAGGUUUCAACGGAGGAGAACACCACAUCAAUGGGCUAACAUUUCCCGCAGAGCUACAGUUAAUGGCUUACAACUGUGAACUGUACGACAACUUCACACAAGCGGAACGGUCGCCUCACGGACUGUCUGGUUUGGCUAUAUUUGUACAGAUUGGAAAAAAAGAACAUGAAGAUUUUGAUGUGAUAGCACACGCCAUGAAGAAAGUUAGGUUUAAGGGUCAACGGAAUUCGUUAGGCCGCUUAGACAUAAAAGGCAUUUUACCAAAUACAACACAGUAUAUAACAUACGAGGGUUCGCUAACACAACCCGGAUGUCACGAGACGGUUACCUGGAUCGUGUUGAACCGCCCAAUUUAUGUUUCUAAAAAGCAGAUUGACUUACUGAGAGCUCUGACAAAGGUGGCUUCGAGAAUCCACAGAUGCUCUUGGAACGAAAUAAUCGCCGUUCGACCUGUAAACCACAGAGUUAUACGGACAAAUAUAAACUUUAAUAAAGGAUGCACAAUGAAAAGUGAUAUGUUUUAUGAAGUCAAUAAGCGUUAUAAGGACUGAGUAUAUAGCUGUGUUGUUUGGGAUAUAAUUGUGAAGCCAUAGAUGUGUGCUGAAAACAACGCCAUUGAUUGAUAUCUAGGUACUGUCCGACGUCCAAAACAUUGAUUGAACUUGUCCAAGGACUAUGCAUAUUACCAAAGUAUACAGAGAGCUGAAACCUUGUUAAACAGGGUUUUUCCAUUACUGGCAGACAUGUUUGUAUACACCGCUUUCCCAAACUGUCUUCCAAAGACGAUAUUGGCAGAUUUCUCUCCAGGGUGUGUGCGGUGGUGAUGUUUGACUACUCCUUUAACUAUGCAGACAUAUCUAGCCUAUUUAUAUAAGUGUCUUACGGUGUGAAAACAGAUUGUUCCACUAGUCAAGGGAGGUAACUCGUGUGCUUUCAAGACCAAAGCGACUUUUUGGACAAAACUCAUUCACUUUUGGAGAAUUUAGACCGGCCAUGGACGAAAUGAUCCAAGAAAUAAACAUUAUUGAAUAGCGGGAAGACGACACCUCUUGCUCCAUGUGGAUUAUCGGAUAGCACAAGCAACAAUGUAAGGCUGUAUGUUUGUGUCGACGUUGGUGGAUUUCGUAGGAAUCUGUGCCCCUGAGGCAAAGACCGGGAGAUCAGAUUAAUUUUAGACCUCUCCCAAAUGUUUGCCAGCCCCCUGUGACGUGUGUGUGUGUGUGAGAUGGGGAAAAUAUUUGAGGCGGCAAAUCAGAGCGCGGUUAGUUUAUCCGACAAAAGGAUGUCUGAAACAUCUUUUUAUGAUAUCUAUCUUUCUUCCGUUUUAUUUAUGCCUGUAAGUAAUUUUAUCAAGUUGCCUUACCUAUAUACCGGUAUCUAUUUAGCUAUUGAAAAUGUGCUUUCUGUCCUGUUGGCUGAUAAAUGUACUGCUGUCUGCCAUAUUCAUCAUGAGCCUCAGUUGACCGGGUGAACCGCGGUUCACACCGGAAGUAUUCUCUUCCUACCACCAGAUGGCGCCUGUACAGAAUCCAAGUCCUUCUAAUGUUGUCUGGUGAACAGUGUCAGAUACCGUGUUUUUAACAGAUUGUUCAUCAUUUUUCUUUUACUUCAUUUAAUUUUAUCUGGAACCAUUGUGACAAAAAACAUUUAUUACAAACCAUCCGCCUAGUAUUUUAAAAGGGAAAAUAAGAGGUGAAAAUGAGUUCCAGUUGAAAGGAAUGCACCCUUUUUUGUGAAAACGACCACGAACUCUUGCUGCUGAAGGCUGCGCAGCUAC